UUUGCGGAAAACACCCAAGACAGAAGCGGGGGUUAGUGUGCCCGUCGAGGCGACUAUCCAUGAGCCUUUUUUUUAUUAUUUCAACCAGACUGAGGUUUAAUACAUGUAAACUCGGCUGCUGUGUUUCGGGCGGGCUGAAGGCACCCACAGCUGCCAAAGGGAAAUAACGUUAGCACUCAGAGGAGACGAAAUCUGGCUUUACACACGGCCAUGUGAAGAGGGACUAUGGAUGGCCAAAAUGCAAUAAACUAUCCAAUACCGAGGAAUGAUGUAGACCGAGGGAGUCAUACAAACAUCAAUUUAUUUGAUUUGAUCCAAUGUUAGUUAAAUCCACAACUCUGACCUGGAACACAGCUGUGGUGUACAAAUGCGGAAUGGAGCUGGUGAAACAGUCCCAUUUGUAAAGCUGAAUAAGGAAACAAGAGGUUCACAUUCUUUGGAUCACGUUGCUGAAAAAGAGUAGGCUAACUCGAUCUGUGCAUAUGACACAGGACUAACUGAGUGACAGCGUUGGAUGGAGUGACCGUGGAUGCAGCUAUGUAAGAAGACAUCUCCAGUGUACAGGUCCUGACAAUCAACAUACUACUGUGAUCCAUGCCACAUAUGUGGGAUCUCAGGGGAAAACGGUGUUUACUCAGCAGAAGAGAAACAAGCAGAUGAUGUAUACCUGUGUUAUCUCAGCGUUUGGUCUGCUCCUGUAGGAAGACAAACCGCUUUCCAUUUUUUGAUUAAGCUCUAAGCGUUCACCAUGCCUAGGAACCGAGCCUUUUCCGAGCCGGAGUACUCUGCAGAGUAUUCGGCAGACUGCUCGGUUACGCUGCCCUCUGACCCCGGGCAGGCGGUUGGGCGAACACAUGAGGUCACGGUUCGGAGCUCAGGAUGCUGCCUCUGUCUGCCGCGGUUCAUGCGCCUCACCUUUGCGCCCGAGUCUCUGGAGAAUCUCUACCAGACCUACUUCAGACGGCAGAGACACGAAACCAUGCUGGUGCUCGUCGUGUUUGCCGCACUCUUCGACAGCUACAUCAUCGUCAUGUGUUCGGUGGUCUACACCACUGACAAGCUGGCUUCUGUUUUAGUGGCAUCGGUGGGACUGGCAGCAGAUAUUAUCCUCUACCUGCUGUGCCGCUUCGGGCUGCUGCCGGACCGCAUAUCGAGACGGGUGGUGCCCUACGCCCUGUGGGUGCUCAUAGCAGCUCAGAUAUUCUGCUACCUGGGAUUGAACUAUGCUCGCUUCCACCAGGCCAGUGAUACGGUGGGCUGGCAGGCUUUCUUCAGCUUCUCUUUUUUCCUAACUCUGCCUUUGAGGCUGACACCCAUCGUGCUCAUCACUACUGUAUCCUGCGGAGUCCACACCCUG